CUUCUCUGUAUUUUGAUCAACCAUGGCAACCUCUCUUAGAUUCUCCCUUGUUCUUCUUUUCAUCUGUUUCCGGCUAGCUCUUUCCGACUCCGUCGCCGCCUCCGUCGCUGUCAACUACGGCCGAAUAGCCGACAAUCUACCUCCCCCAUCUCAAGUUGCCCAGCUUCUCAAAUCUCAUGGCCUCACCAAAGCCAAACUCUUUGACACAGACUCCAGCGUUCUCUCCGCCUUCUCAACCGCCGGUAUCUCUUUCGUCGUCAGUCUUCCCAACCAGCUUCUCUCCUCCGCAGCCGCACCCAACACUUCAUUCACCGACAACUGGGUUCAAUCCAACAUCCUUCCCUACAAACAAAUCAUAGAAGCAAUCGCAGUCGGUAAUGAAGUCUUUGUCGAUCCACAAAACACAACUCAAUUCCUAGUUCCCGCCAUGAAUAACAUCCAUUCUUCUCUUGUUAAACUCGGUCUCGAUACUUCCAUCAAGAUCUCUUCUCCCAUCGCUCUCUCCGCCCUCGCCAGCUCAUACCCAUCCUCUUCCGGUUCAUUCAAACCCGAACUCAUCGAAUCGGUUAUCAAACCCAUGCUCAGUUUCCUCAAACAAACAAAUUCAUCCCUCAUGGUUAAUGUCUAUCCUUUCUUUGCGUAUAAAGACAAUUCCAACACCAUCUCUCUCGAUUACGCCCUGUUUAAGGAUAACGCCGGAGUCGUAGACUCCGGCAACGGCCUACGUUACAAGAGUCUGUUCGACGCCCAAAUCGACGCAGUAUACGCCGCCAUGGAUGCUCUCCAGUUCAACGACGUAAAGAUUGUUGUCUCCGAAACAGGAUGGCCUUCGAAGGGAGACGAGAACGAGACAGGGGCAGGGAAAGAAAACGCGGCUGCAUAUAUUGGAAAUCUCGUACGUCGCGUCCUGACCGGAGGAGGGAGUCCCCGGAGGCCUAACGAGCCGUUGAACGUGUAUUUGUUUGCUUUGUUCAACGAGGAUCAGAAGAACGGUCCGAUUUCUGAGCGUAAUUAUGGGCUGUUUUAUCCGAACAAAGAAAGAGUGUACGAUGUGCCUCUGACAUUGGCUGAGUUGAAGGGACAGAGUAAUGCAAACGGAAGCACGACGUCAAAGACACAGAUUCCGGCACCUGCGGCUGCGCCGACAUCAUCGGGUGAAACGUGGUGCGUUGCUAACGUGAACGUGGGUGAAAAGAAGUUGCAGGAGGCGCUAGAUUACGCUUGUGGUGAAGGGGGUGCAGACUGUAGUGUGAUCGAGGAAGGAGCUGCUUGUUUUAAUCCUAAUACAACUGAGGCCCACGCUUCCUAUGCCUUCAAUAGCUACUAUCAGCUUAAGUCACGUGCCACUGGCACGUGUGAUUUUGGUGGGGCAGGUUACUUGGUCACCCAACCUCCAAGGUUUGGAAAAUGCGAAUUCCCAACCAGAUACUGAUAAUUGAUGAUGCAAGAAGUUAAAGGACAUGGAUAUUUCUAUUUUAAUAUUGGUUAUUCAUUUUCAUAUUCAUACUAUUAUUGUUAUUUUAUAAUUUCGAAAGAGAGACGUAGCAUUAUUAUAAUCAGUAGAUGAUGAUAUUGAUAGCUAGGUAUGAUUAUUACAA